AUGAUCAACGGCACCAAGCUGCUCACGUUGACUGCUAUGACAGCAGGCCGCAAAGGCGCUUUGUUAAAGAGUGAGAAGAUUAGACACACGGUCAAGCUCGGGCCAACACAUUUCAAAGGCGUUUGGAUUCCAUUCGAGCGCGCCUUGGAGUUAGCGAACACGGAAAAGAUCGUCGAGUCGCUGUAUCCCCUGUUCGUACAUGACAUUGGGUCACUCGUACAUAAGACCUCAGAUCAAAAGCUCACGCCUUAUUUCGACGCUCAACCCCAAUGCCAAGAAGUGGAGGAAAAGGCUGGGAGUAGCAAAGCUAGAUCAGCUCACUCUUCUUUGACAAAAGACGACGACCAGAACCCACAACCGCUCGCAUUGGACACUGUGCAGAACGUCGGACUUCAGGAGCCAGGAAUCCUUGGGUCACUAUUUAGAUCUCUCACACAGACGCUGGGGCUCAUCAUAAAAGAGGUCAGGAGCCAAUCUAGUGAAGCUAGACAUUACAACUCUUUAGAGGCAACCUGCGCAGCGUUACUCUUCUGGGGCAACGACCUUGGAUUGCCACAGGGAAAGCUCGAUGACAUGCUUCAAUACUCUCCUCAUCUGCGCGGUACAUGCAUCACAGUUCUUGUAUCGAUCGCCCGCUUUGUCAGCACCUCUUUGAUAGGUUUAGUCAUGACUAGAAUGCGGCAAGAAGAAAUUUUACAGUCGACCGGGAUUUCGAUACUCUUAAAACACGUCACGAACUAUGGCCAACAACAAGGCUUCACCUAUUUCCCUGAACAGGACGCGGAAAUGCUAUGCCAGGCUCUUCGUACGAAGAUCGAUACGCUUGUCAUGCUGGCACCUAGCCUGGCCUCACCAACAGCAGAAAUAUCCGACGAGGAGGAACUUCGAGCUAUUCAAGACGUCGACGAGACUUUACCAGGAGAAACCUACGCCAGAAAUGUUGCGAAAAUGUUGCCUCUCGCACCACCAGACAUUGUCGCGCGAUUAGGGUCGUUAAACUGGGAUCGAUACAAUCACAUCCUUCAAUUACAACGAGAAGCAACCCAACAGGAGAUUGUAAUGACUACGAUGGAGAAGAUAAGAGAUAACUCCCAUAAAUCUGGUCUCGAUGUCUCUGCAAAGGCAUCAUCAGCCGUGAAAGUCGAGACAGAGCCUGUUCACGAGCCCUCCAUGCUAUCUGAAACGCAUCACAUGGAAGAUAUCGCUGUCUCCAUACUACCUUCUGGUUUUGACCCUGGUAAAGAGUCAGAAGACGACUUGAAAAGCGACGCUAUGACGUUGAAAGGGGAUUGGAUACUUCUAAAGGAACGUGCGAUGUCUCCGGUGGAUGAAAUGCUUCUGAAGCAACGCGAGAUGUCUCCAGUGUAUGAGAAUCUGCUGAAGCAACAUGCAUUAUCCCCAGAGAUGCUCAAGGAUACAAAAUUCUCGCAGAAGGUGGAGCCCAGCGAUCAAAAGCCAGUCUCAAUUCGCUCAGACGAUCACCUCAAAUCCCUGGAGGAUCUACAUCAAGAAAAGAAGGGUGUACGCUACAUUACAUUCGAGUACACUCGCAAUGGCGUCCAAACAGUGUACAACAUUCAUCCCGGCUUCGAGACAAUCAACUGUGAGCCUUUGUCUCAUGGCGCCAAGCUCCAAAACUGCAUCUAUCCAGGUGCUCUCAUUUCUAGGAAGGGCCACGAGGAUCUGGAUACGGAGGAAAACUGGAACUCUCUUGGCUGGGCGCUAGCUCAAGCUUAUCCGUCGCUUCGAGGAAAUCGGGGAGUACUUCGGAAAGCGGUAGAGACUGUGCUCAGUGCGUCGGGCAGUGAUGAGGGGAAACCUGCUUCUGAUGCCAAGGAGAAAAAAGUGGCUUCACUGUCUACCGAAGAAUCGCGGAAGAGAAACCCUUGCAGCGCGUGUACAAGCAUUGGAGGUGGGUGUUUAGUACUCGAGGGAGCUACGCGGUGUGUCUUGUGUGAGCACUACCAACGAGAGUGCGAAUUUCCAUCCGCAGAGGCCGAGCCGAGCUUCGUGCCACAGUCGCAGGUCAUUUUGAGCUCCGCGCCAAAGGUUCCGCCGGGCCAUAUUCGCAGGUCGUUGCGAACGACAUCAUCGAAGAAAGAGUCAAACAUGACUUUUAAGCUGGGUCAGCUGGAAGACAUACUAAAGUCCAAAGAGUUGACAGGCCAGAAUCGUUCGAUGUGGUCGCCCGAGAGAUAA